AUGGAACGACUUAUAUGCUUCUGCGGUCAAAAGGCACAUAUCUUUGAGAUCAAGCUGAAUAGGUUCAUUGUACCGAAUACAAGUAACCUACCUCUGUUCAUAAAACCUCUCUCGCAAGAAGCAGCUUUUAACAAAGGAGUCGAAUACUUUGUGGAAUUAGUAUUUUUCUAUGGUAUAUUGAUAACUAUUGCUAUGUAUGAGAUUAAGAGUUCUUAGGAAGUAUCAUCUGGAUUAAAGAAAAAUGUAGAUUCUUUUGAAAGUGAAUGCAAGGACGCUGAAAACUAGAUUGGCAAGUUAAAACAUGAUAUUAGCGAUUGCUAGAACUUCCUUUAACAAUCAAAUUAAGAAUAUAAGAAAGUGCUUAGUGAACUGUCAUAGAUGAAUCUAAAACUUAAUAGGAUGUAUGAGGAUAAGGAGAUCUGA